AUGACAACGCAACCACCAUCCUCGACGCACAUGGCUCGCAGCCGCCUCAACCGUCAAAUUCGAGGGUGUGAGACGACAAUCUUCCUUUUACAUGGGGUUUCUCGGACAAGGGCACAAAAGAAACAUGCAGCUUCAAGCGCCUGUUUUCCUUUUUUUCCAUCUCUAUUUUCCUUUUUCAUUCCUGUUUGCUUUCACCUUUUGGGCAAUGCGAUUCUGGGACGGGCUACAAAAAAUCUGGGAACUGGACUGGGAAAAGAACUGAUUCGCAUAUAG